CUUCCCUCCUCCCGGCUUCCUGGGCGCCACCUUCGCAGCGGCGGCGGCGGCGGCGGCGGUAGCAGUGGCGGCGGGUUUGAAUGUCUGCAUUGACCAUCCUCUACAAAAAGGACUGCUUCAGACUGAGAAGUUUUCUGGUCUGUGAGUGUAAAUAUAAACACUUAGAAGACAGCUUAACAACAAAGCAGUCAGGUACCUCUUGCCUCUGCACAGAUGAACAUUUGAAAGUUCCCCUCGUCCAACACCAGCAAGCAUGGAGACUUCAUCAAUGCUUUCAUCCCUAAAUGAUGAGUGCAGAUCUGACAACUACGUCGAGCCGCACUACAAGGAGUGGUAUCGCGUGGCAGUUGAUACUCUAAUUGAACAUGGGUUAGAAGCCUACCAAGAGUUCCUCGUCAAGGAGCGAGUUUCAGACUUUCUGGCUGAGGAAGAAAUUAAUUAUAUUUUGAAAAAUGUCCAGAAGAUUGCACAAAAUACAGAACAUGGGUCUGAUAAUUCCUGUGAUGACGGCUCAUCUUCAGGGACUUACUGGCCCAUGCAGUCUGAUGUGGAGGCUCCAAAUCUUGAUUUAGGCUGGCCAUAUGUGAUGCCCGGACUCUUAGGGAGCACCCAUAUAGACCUCCUCUUUCAUCCCCCUAGGGCACAUCUGCUUACAAUAAAGGAAACUAUUCGGAAGAUGAUCAAAGAAGCAAGAAAGGUGGUUGCUAUAGUGAUGGAUAUAUUUACUGAUGUGGAUAUUUUCAAAGAAAUAGUAGAGGCAUCAUCUCGAGGAAUAUCCGUAUACAUUCUACUUGAUGAGUCCAAUUUUAGUCAUUUCCUAACAAUGACCGAAAAACAGGGUUGUCAAAUUCAACGUCUCAGGAAUAUCCGUGUACGGACAGUUAAAGGCCAAGAUUAUCUUUCAAAAACAGGAGCAAAAUUCCACGGAAAAAUGGAACAGAAAUUUUUGUUAGUUGACUGCCAGAAAGUGAUGUAUGGUUCUUACAGUUACAUGUGGUCAUUUGAAAAAGCUCAUCUCAGCAUGGUUCAGGUAAUUACAGGACACCUCGUAGAGUUAUUUGAUGAAGAAUUUCGAACACUCUAUGCUAGGUCCUCUGUCCCAAGUUCUUUUGCUCAGGAAGAAUCAGCGAGAGUGAAGCCAGGCAAAGCCUUAUGGGAAAAUGGCAUUUACCAGCGAUCCAUUUCUUCAUUAGCUUCUGUUUCCAGCCAGAGAAACCUUUUUGGCAGACAAGACCAAAUUCAUAAACUAGAUUCUAGUUACUUCAAAGGCAGAGGAAUAUAUCCUCUAAAUGAACAGGACAAACUCAGCAUGAGAAACCAUGGCUACAAGCCUCAUUUUGUUCCAAACUUCAAUGGUCCGAGUACAAUCCGUCACUUCCAACCCAGUCAGAUCAAUGAAAACUGGAAAAGGCAUAGUUAUGCUGGGGAACAACCGGAAACAACACCAUACCUGCUGCUCAACAGAGCUAUGAAUCGGACCAAUAAUGCUCCUGGACGCUGGAGAAGGCCUUCGGACAGUCUCAGUGUGGCAUCCUCAUUAAGGGGAGGACAAGGAAGCCAGCAAAACAUACCUGCUCAGAGUUUUGCUGAUCGGCUUGCCCAGAGAAAAACAACAAAUCUUGCAGAGAGGAAUUCAAAUGUACGCAGGUCAUUUAACGGGACAGAUAAUCAUAUCCGCUUUAUCCAACAACGGAUGCCAACUCUGGAGAACACCACCAAGUCUUUCCUGCGGAGCUGGAGAAUUGAAUCAUACUUAAACGAUAAUUCAGAAGCCCUACCCGAUUCAAACGGCUCCACCCUGGGUGAAAGAUUUGAAGGCUACGAAAACCCAGAGACCGUGAAAGCCAAUGCACUCUAUACUCACUCAAGGCUCCGCUCCUCGUUUGUGUUUAAACCAACUUUACCAGAACAAAAAGAAGUCAACAGCUGUACGACUAGCUCCUCAAAUUCAACCAUCAUCGGUUCUCAAGGAAGUGAUACACCUAAGGAGGUCCCAGAUAGCUCCACAAAUGCACUGCCCUUGACUGAAAAACCCUUGCCUGAAUCAGUCUCCAAGCUCCCAACACAGUCAGAGGAACCAAAAAUGCACAGCUUGCAGGUUCCUGAAAAGCAACCAGAAGUCUUAAACCAAAGAACAAAUGGCCGAGCAGAAUUAAACAACUGUAUCUAUACAAACCUGUGUGUCAAUAAGCAGAGGGAGAACACAGAAAACCAACAAAGUGACAAUAUACUCAAAAGGCGGAGUUUCCCGUCCUUUGACCACUCAAAGGUCAAUUUAGAGCAUGGAAAUAGCAAGAAUUAUGUUUAUAGCACCCUUACCAGAAAUCGGAUUCGACAACCAGAAAAACCCAAGGAGGAUGUGCUGAAGAGUUCUAAAAGCAUGCACAAUGUGACCCACAGCACCGAGGAAGAUGAGGAUGAGGUUUGCAAGAGAGACCCACCAAGUGCCUGUGCCACCAAAUCUAUUUCCAUUGCUGCUUUACUUGAUGUGAAUAAGGAAGAGCCCAACAGAGAACUUAAUUCUAAAAAGGAAGGCAAAGCCUCCCCGAGUUUUUUGAAAAAGGGGUCUCAGAAAUUAAGGUCCUUGCUUAGCCUUACCCCAGAAAAGAGAGAAAACCUAGCUAAAAACAAGGCGCCCGCGUUUUACAGAAUGUGUAGUAGCUCUGACACUUUGGUUUCUGAGGGUGAAGAGAAUCAAAAGCCCAAAAAAUCCGAGCCAAAAGUUGAAACAUCUCCCAGAAGAAAGCGUUCCUCCUCGUCAAAUUCUCAAGGAAGCAUCCACAAGAGCAAGGAGGACAUAGCGGUUAGCACAUCUCCGGGCUUAAGUUCCCAAGCAGAGGAAAGUCGAAGGAUAGCGCCUUCUCCAAGGCCCAUUGAGAGGAGACUUUCAGAGAGAGCUGGAGAUGCCUCCGCCCCAAGAUUUAAUACUGAACAGAUCCAAUACCGUGAUUCCAAGGAGAUCAGCACACUCAUGACCCCUGCCAGACGGCCAACCUCUUCUCCGGUGCUAAAGCCCAGUGAGCUUCUGAGAUCUCAUUCAACCAACCAGCGCGUUUAUAGUCGAUUUGAGCCAUUUUGUAAGAUCGAGAGCUCUAUUCAGCCAGCGAGCAGCCUUACAAAUACCCACGUCAACCGCCCUGAAGUCAAAUCCACAACCAUGGGCAGCGGUUAUGGCAGGUCCAGCCCUAUGCUGAGUUAUAAGACUGGUACUUAUCAUUCAUAUGCCCCCAAUGAAAACAAGUUCCGGGGAUUUAUGCAAAAGUUUGGAAACUUCAUACACAAAAACAAGUGAAAUGCUUCCAUUUCAAAUUGCAAUUGAAAUAUACAAUGAAUGUGGCUGUAAAUAUUUGCCAAAAGAACACUCUGCACAUUUUUUUUUUUUGUACCAUGCCAAGAGUGUUCUAUAUGAAAACUGGGGAAAUGUAUAACACUAUACAGGAAAGUUACUGUUUUGUGCUAAAAUUAUUUGUACUUGGUUACCCAACAAGACUGUAAAACUUGGUUACUAUCCCAGUAAACACAUUAAAAAUUUUUGAAUAGCAAUAGAUGAGAUUCAUUGUUUCCUAUCUAUUAAAAAUCUUGUGUUUUAUUAGAUCAGUGGAGAGACUCCAUUUGGAUUUUAUCAUUCAUUCCAAAAUCUUCAUUUAAAAACACUUCAUAUUACUUAGCACUGGUGCUUUUUAUAUGCCUUUAUGAUUUUUUUCAUAUUUUCAGAGACAUAAGAAAACAGAACAAAGCAGUUUUGUUGAUAAAUUCUGUAGGAUAACUUAAUAUGUCUUAUUCUUUUGUCGUCUUCCUUGUAUAGCAGUGCACAAAGAAUAUCAUUUAAAUUCUGUGGGCUAGUGUUCUUAUUGAGCCUACAGUGUGUUUUGCACUUAUGUACAUCAGCAUUAAGCAUCAGCCUUGUAUAUUGCAGACACACACACAAGCUUUAUUUUCCAAACUGUAGGUACUGUGCAGGGUUCUGCUUUGCACUGGCCAUCUUUUGUAGUCAUUCCUUAAUUAAAAUUUAAAGCAAGUGAACAGCCUAUGGGAGUUCUCCCCCACCUUCUAUCUAUAAAACCAAAAGCUGUAAAAUUCUGCCCGCACUUGUGUUAGAUUGACACACCAAAACUAUUUACUCUUUUAAAGGUUGGAUUGGAUGAGGUGUAGUGACAUUGUUUCAUGAGGGUUACAUGGUAGCCAUGAGAACCUGGCCUAGUCUCUCAUUGUCACACAGCCAGCCGGGUCGGAAACAUUUCCAUACUUUUUGUUUGAUGGCUAUGUUCAGGUCUUAAGAUACCAUUUGCCAUUUAUAAAGGAACAAAAAUGCUUCCUGCUCACUGCAGAAACUUUAACAUGAAUUUGUAUUAUGCACAACAUGUAGAAUUCAGGAAGCAAAAGACAGUGUGAGAGCCACGGGGUGCUUUAAAAAUGUUUCAGAUAUCUCAUUUAAUAUUUUUAAGAUUGCUAUGCAGAACACUAUAUUAUUAAUUUUAAAAAGCAAUAUUCAGUUGGUACUAUGAAAUGUCAUUUGUCUCUGCUGUUGAAAUAAUUUACCUUAGAAGAAUCCUGUCAGGAGAGGCUAUGGAAUGAAACACCUAGCAUUCUCUGGGUAUUUAACUAUAUCCAGGUCAUGUCCUAUAAACUUACGUUCCAUCACAUGUCUGUUAUGUUAUAAAUUAUUGAGAUUUAAAUUGACAUGAGACUCAUAGAUAAUGUUCCAAGUCACAUCACUAAUAAGCAAUGGCUCUAAAAUAUACAGUUCUGCAUGGCAUGACCAUUCCGUAACAAUUGACUCAAUGCCUCCUCUGUUAGAGACGAAGAAAGCAUCUGCUUCCUAAGUAGUCAACCAGGAAAAGUUUAAUUGAAUGUCACCAGAUAGCAAGGGCACAUUAGGAUCAGGUGAUGGUGGUAGGCAAGGUUAGAACAGUAAGGGAGUUCUGAUGUGCUUUGGCAGGGCCAGUUUUAAUUGCUUUGUGGCCGUUUUGACCUGACCCAUGACAAUGAGAGAGCAAGAGAGAGGGAACCAGAAUGACUUGUAACAUCAGGGCUUUGACGAAGAAAAGACCCUGGAGGGAAAGCUAGGUGGGGGAAGGAGCCCAGUGCUCAAUGCUUACAAUAAUCUUAGGGAGGGCAUCUACUUAAAUAAAACUACACUGCACAGAAGUUGGGCGCUUUUCAAGACAUGCAUGGCUCUCAAUGCUGUAGGCUGUUUCAGCUCAAGCCUGUGUUGUAGUACAACAUCCAUGACUGGUCUGCUCUGCUUUCUAAACCUACAUUUGAAAUGUUAAAUACCCUCAUUCUUUAGCUCAUCUUUGCCUUAUAAUCUGCAGGAAUAUGGCAGUAUUUAUAUAGAAAGAAUACUUCAUGAAUAAGAAUCUAGAAUGUGUGUUCAGUUUUACAUCAUUACAAAAGUAGCUUUAUAACCUGCCAUAGUAUUUGAGGAAAAUACCAAACUCUGUAAUUCUGGUCUGAGCCCAUUGGAAACAGAAGCAUGAUGAACUUGAAUCCAUCCACAUUAGUAAUAGUAUAAAAAAUUUCAUCAUGAGAAAGGAGCCAAUUCAUAGAAAUGUUGACUUUAAAACAAACUUUUAGAGUACACGUUUCCUCAUCCUCAGACCAGAGGUUCAUAUGUAAAAGCUUAGUGCCGCCAAAUACAACAACUCCCAUAAUUUCUGGAAAUAUGGUUAGCUUGGAGAAACAUUCUUUUAAAUUGUCACUAGGCUCUUCUUCGGGAAGCGGGGAGUGGAAGGAGUGGAGGGAGGAGUGGAGGCAGUGGAGGGUGCUUCAUUGCAUCUGCUUAUUAAGUAAUUUAGGCUUUUUCACAAGAGAUCUAUGCUCAGCCUCUUUUCUUUGAUUAUCUCCCUAGUAAUGUCUUCCCCUGGAAGCACCCUUAUGUCUGAAUGUGUACAUAGUUUUCCAAAAUGUCUUCAUUGAGAAAUUCUCCUUGGUUAAAACUGAGAACACACAAUACUUUUUCUUUAAAAAAAAAAAAAGUAACCAUUGUUACAGUAUUAAGUAGAUACUGACCAGGUUUGGUGGAUGUAAUUUCAAACAAUAUAGUUUUUUAUCUUUUGCUUCCCAUAUUGAUAUUGGUGGAAAGAUGUUACAUAGAUAUAUUUUGAUAUUAAGCAUUGCAAUGUACAUUUCCCUCUAUGUGGGGCUGUCAUUUAUAAGCAGAGACACAAGGAAACUAGCAUUUCUAAGUGGUUCUUGUCAAGUGGCAUUGGAAUAGCAUAAAGAUGGCUAGCCUAAUGUUUAUCUCCUUCCACUCGUGGCUUGUCCAGUACUGGCCAUAGUGUCAGUCUUCUUCUGUGAAGAGUGACAGGAGCUGAAUAUUAGGAGCAUUCAGUUUCCCUUUAUUCAAGAACUAUCUUUGCCACUAUUAUUCCACUGGUAUUUUUGCUUUAUGAAUAUCUGUUGUCUCUUAAUAUGCCUUUCACUAAGGGGUUUAAAGUAGAAUCAUUCCUUCAUGAUAACUAAACUCAUGAUUAAUGUAGGAUUAUGUUUAAAAAUUACAAUUUAAGUUGGGUUCUGAUAUAUUUAAAACAAAAGUGGUAAAAUUUAUAAACAAAUCAACUUGUCAGCUUUUUAUAUACAUGCAAUAUUACAAAGAAAUAUUCUUCCAAAUUAACUUUUUUGGUUAAUAAAUGAAUAUUAAAUAAUUUUGUACAAAUACUA